AUGACUGGGCCUCGCAAGACGCGCAUCGUGUGCAUCUCUGAUACGCACAACAAUACACCCAAAUUGCCUCCCGGGGAUGUGCUGGUACACGCUGGGGACUUGACGAAUCAGGGCUCGUACGACGAGCUGGAGCGGUCUGUGGCAUGGCUGGAGAAAGCACCGUUUGAGGUCAAGAUUGUCAUUGCUGGCAAUCACGAGAUCACACUUGACGAGCAGUUUUAUGAAGAGAAGGGAAGUCGCUGGAAGUGGCCUGCAUGGCAAAGUCCACGAGGAUGCAUGAAAUUAUUGCGAGAAUCGAAGACGAUAACCUACCUCGAGAACGAAUCAACUAUGGUAUAUUUGAAGGAGCCGAACGGACCUCACACAUGCUUCAAAGUGUUUGGGAGUGCAAGUACACCUGGACCCGGCAACUGGGCGUUUGAAUAUCAAAAGGACGCCGCGAAGGGGCUGUGGUCAGCCAUACCUAAGGAUGCCGACAUUGUGGUCACUCACACACCACCAAGAGGACACUGCGAUGCGGCGACGAAGGACGACCGGUCUGGAUGCCCUGCGCUCUUAGAAAGAUUGGCCAUUGUCAAGCCAUUACUGCAUGUAUGCGGUCAUAUUCAUGAGGCUCGGGGAAUCGAGCGUAUUCAUUGGAGCCCUUUACUACACAGCGACAGCCUUGUCGAAAGUGUAGAGCAUUGGCGGGACCCAGGCAACGGGAACAAGAAGCUAUCGCUGUUGGAUCUUACAUCCAAGUCAGGGCAUCCAUUAAGCAAUAGCGUGUCGACAACACGUCAGUGUCAGCCCGACUCACGGCUGCGUAGCCCUCGAAUCAAGCCUGGCUUGGUCCUUCAGCCUGACCAAGACAACCUAAAUUCGACUUCGAGCCUCAUCGGCGGUGCCCUCCAAGAAAAUGAGGCGUACGGGAGGAUUGUGGAUAGCGGGGUUGGGAAGCAAAGACGUGAUAUUGUUGCACCCGGGGCAGCCUUGCGGGGCGACUCAGGUGGUCAGUCCAGACCUUCCAGAUACGAGGAGACCGUCGUAAUCAAUGCGGCGUUCCUUGGGCCGAGGAUCAAUGGCAAGACGACUGGAACCAACAAACCCAUUGUGGUUGACAUUGACUUGCCAGUGUGGAAGAGGGACGGUAACGAGCAAGUACAAUGA